AUGGAGAACGCUGUGGCAGUGGCUGCAGCAACUCCUGCUGCAGCGAAGGGCUCAGGCGUAGGCGCAGCAGCAGCAGGAGAGGCGAGAGUCAGCGAAAAAGCCUCUCGCGCCGGCAUGACACCAGCCGCAGCCUUAGCAGCAAAGCCAACGCUCGUCGCUGCUGCUCUUCCACGAACUCCCUGCUGCUCAGGAGAAGACUCAGCAGCAGACCAGCUGCCUCCAUCAGGCAGCGGAGAGACUGCCCCAGCCGCAGUGGCUGCAGUAGCGGCAGCGGAGCCGGGUAUUUCUACUGCCAGCAACACUCCCGACAAUUCCCCUUUGGGAGCUCCUUCCAAACUAACGGCGGCUGCCGCAGCGGCAGGCUCCCCCUUGACCAGGCAGCAGCAGCAGCAACAGCAGCAGCUGCAGCAGCUGCAGCAGCAGAUACCCGUCUCCCCCCUGCUCUCCAUUGAGCUGCAGCAUCGCGAGCUGCAGCAGCAGCAGCUGCAACUCGAGCGACUCGGAAAGCAGCUCCAGCUGCUUCCUGUCCAGUCAAAGCAACCCCAACAGCUGCUUCUGCGGCCGCUGCUCCUGCAGCAGCAGCAACAAGCAGCAGCAGAAGGGGCAAACGCCUCCGCUGCGUCUGCAGAUCUCUCUUCCGCAGUAGCAGCAGCUGUAGCCUCGCCGCUCGGCUGCCGCAGCAGCAGCAGCGGUGUGACUGCUGCCCCCAUGUCCACCUCGAGCAACACCAGAGGCUUGUUUUCCUUGCUAGAUGAUGGCGGUCUCGCAGCGCUGGCUGCUGCUGCAACAGGAACGCCGCAUCCUGCAAGCCUUUCGGCGGCUGCAGGCAGUGCGUCGUCAUCAGCGGGAGGAGCAGCGGCAGGAGCAGCAGGAGGAGGAGGCGCGGGAGCAGGGUGCUGCGUUUCCUCCGGAGGCGAGACGCCUAGCAGCGUCUUGGAUACCUUGUCAGAUCUUCACGAGCGUCUCUGUGUUCUUCUGGACGUCACAAUGCGGCAGCACAACGAGCAGCGGUUGCUGCUGCAGUCCAUCAGCUGCCUUCAGCAGGGAGGAGGAGUUCUCCCCGAGGCAGGCGCCUUGCCAGACUCCGCCACUCGCCAGGCGCAGCAGCAGCAGAUGCAGGUGCAGCAGCAGGUUCGGCGCGCGCAGCAGCAGUCUUUGGGGCUUGACUCGCAGCUGCUAGGCCUGGCAGCCGACUUGGGGACUAACAACGGCAGCACUGCAGCUGCCUUGCAGCAUUUCUUGCUCUCUCAAACGGGCGUGCUGCCGCCUCCCCGCACGCCGACUGCGACGGCGGGGGCGGUUGCAGCGCAGCAGGCAUUGUCUGCGGCUCUCCUCAAGGCUGAAGGAGCGGCGGCGGAAGGGGCGAACUCCUUCAAGCAGCUGAAGGGCUUUUCUGCGAAGGCGGCGGAGGGAAAGCGGCGCCAGGGAGGAAGUCGGGAGCAGCAGCAGCUGCGGCUGGCGCAGUCGGCUUUGCGACGAGCAGAUUCGCACACAACUGGGAACUCGGAGCCACAGCAGCUCUCCGUAAGCCCCUCGACGUCUGUCUACAGCCGAGGGAGCAAUGCGCAGCACUUGCACGACCCUUUCCCGCACAGCACGAUGAUUCAGCUCAUUCAGCCCCUCCCCACCGGCAUAAAACUGGAGCUGAAGUCUCACAAGGCAGUAAAGGGUCCGGGGAACGCCCUCGACGGCAGCGCUGCAGCGGGAACUCAAGGGAUAGCUAGUAGCGGCCCCGCACCGAGGGAGUACGCGCUUCGUGUGUCUCUCACGCGGCACGAAACGAAGUACUGCUCCUUUCACUCGCUUCACGGCAUUAUGCCGGCGUACAAUGAGGCGGUGCGGCUGCGGAAUCGGUAUGCAGGCCUCCCCUUUCAGCUGCCGCUGAUGACGGAGGCUGUGCUGCGCGAGAGGAAGUUGCUGCUUGACCAGGGUAGACCUUUGCCGCUCUAUGGGCCCAAGGAGGCGUUCAUGACUGUGCAGGAGAGGACGAUCUUCUACAAGCAGGGGCGGCUCGACGCAAGUGUCCACGACUUUAGGAGUCAUGCCGCGAUACCCGCGGUUCAGCAGCAGUCGGAGCAACAGCGCGAGCAACAGCUGAGGGACGACCCCGAAGCCACGUCUGCUCUGCGGGGCCUGGGAGUUUUUACCGCGCCAACCGGUGCGCUGCAGGCGCAACAGGCUGGACGCACCAGCAAGAAGAGGCAGCGCGAUCGCAUACUCGGGAUGCCAGCAGCUGCGACGGAUGCAGCGGCGAAUGCUGGGGCCGCUGGAAAGCUGAGCCCUAAAGCGAGGAAAUCGGAGAGACGGCUUUCAGGUGUCGGCGGAGCUCCGGGCAGUGGGCAGUGGAUCGCAGCUGACGACGCUGUCGCCAGUCUGCGUGCGGGCAGCAGCAGCAGCAGCAGCAGCAGCAGCUUCGGGGACGGCAUUGCGGACGCGCUGCUGCAGUUCCCUGCUGCCGCCGCGGCAGCAGGCAGCGGCUUGUUGUUGGACUCCAUCAGCAGGAGGCCCCCCGCCGAGGGAGGGGCGCUCUUCGAAGGCUGCUCUCAAGGCGAGAGCGAAUUCGGCUUGCUGCUUCCUCAGCAGCAGCAGCAGAAGGGAAGUGAGAGGUCUCGCCGCAGCGGUGCAGAGGCCGAAGGGAGUUCGGGAAGCGCCGAGUCGCGGCCUGUGGGGAGCAGUUUAGCGGCGCCGUCUGCAGCGCGUCCAACAGGCACCGCUGAUUGGGAAGCUACGGCAGUUGCAGCUGACAUUGCUGCUUCUCUGGGGUUGCCCUUGGAGGAGCUUGCUGCCCGGCUUUCGCACUUCAUCAGGGGUGCAGACGGCCGUGGAGCAGGAGCAGCGGCAGCAACAGCAGCGGCAGGGGUGGCAAGGAACAACUUGUCGGGCGGCGGCGAAGGCUCUGCUGUUGGUUCCUCAAAGCCUGGAUCUACCAUCUUGUAA